UCAGAGGACCACAUCUCAUAUCAGUGUUAUAGUUACUAGUAAAGCAGAGGAGACUGUUUCUUGCAGCUAAAACCAUAAGGAGCAGAUUGUUGUAUAAUGGGCUUCCUGACUUUAUCCACAUGUUUGAUUGCAAACAUCCAAGCUGGUUAUUUGCUUCUGGUUCUGUUAUUUUGUAACAAAGCGGAUUCCACGCUGCGUUACUCUGUUAGAGAAGAACUGGCCAAAGGUUACGUGGUCUCCAAUAUCGCCAAUGACCUGGGACUGGAGCCCAAAAUACUGACCGAAGGUGGAGCGCAUAUAGUAAGUGAAGGCACUAAGCAGUACUUUCAAAUAAAUAAAAAUACAGGAAUGUUGUUAAUAAAUGAACGGGUAGACAGAGAGCAAAUCUGUGGACAGACACCUAACUGCACGCUAUACUUCCAGCUUAUAACUGAAACCCCCUUACAGCUGUUCCGCACAGAAGUGAACAUUUUAGAUGUCAAUGACAACCCUCCUCUUUUUUCCCAAAACGAAAUCGUUAUCACCAUACCGGAGCAGACACCCCCAGGAACUAAGUUCUCCAUAGAAAAAGCACAGGAUCUGGACGUGAGUAUAAACUCUGUCCAAAACUAUCUGAUUAGCUCGAAUGAACAUUUUCGUUUAGAUGUCCACACGCUAAAUGAUCAGAGCAAACAUGUUGAGCUCGUACUGGUAAAGCAUCUAGACUACGAGAAGACUCGUAAAAUGUCAUUACAACUGACCGCAGUAGAUGGCGGUGAACCUCAAAGAACCGGAACAGCUGUAGUUCAAAUAAUUGUUCUGGAUACCAACGAUAAUGCACCGAUUUUUAAUCAAUCCGUUUACAAAGUGAAACUUUUUGAACAGAAUGGUAAAAAUUACGUAGCAUUGAAGGUGACCGCUACAGACUUGGAUGAUGGACCUAAUGGUGACAUCACAUAUGCAUUAUCUCAUAUUUCAGACUCAUUUGGACGUAUUUUCAAAUUAAACAACAAAACUGGGGAAAUAACUGUAGCUGAGGCACUGGAUUUUGAGGAUGCAAACGUUUAUCAGAUGGAAGUGCAAGCUAGAGAUGGUGGAGGCUUGACAUCAUUUUGUAAAGUCGUUAUUGAAAUUAUUGAUGUAAAUGACAAUCCACCAGAGAUAGCCCUAUCGUCAGUUAAAACUUCAGUACCAGAGAAUACUUUACCUCAGACGGUAGUAGCCCUUUUAAAUGUGAAAGACCGAGAUGGUGGGGGUAAUGGAGACAUACGGUGCUCCAUCAAAGGCCAUCAACCUUUCAAAUUAACCUCAUCUUUCAAGAACUUUUACCGUUUAGUAACAGACGGCCAACUAGAUCGUGAGAAAAAGUCAGUCUACAAUAUUACCAUCAUAGCAAUUGAUGAUGGAUCUCCACCAUUGUCUUCUACAGCAGUUAUAAGUUUAGAGAUUUCCGACAUUAAUGACCACCUGCCGAUUUUCACCAAACCGUCGUACGCCAUGUAUAUUACAGAGAAUAACAACCCCGGCGCCCUUAUUGGAUCUGUUGUGGCAACCGACAGGGAUACUUCUGAAAAUGCUCAGGUACUUUAUUUAGUUAUCGAAGAAAUGAUCGAUGGUUUCCCGUUGUCUCACUUUAUCACUAUUAAUUCACGCAGUGGUAAUAUAUUUGCAGUCAGACCUUUUGAUUAUGAGCAGUUUAAAGAAUUUGCAUUUGUGGUUCAGGCUCGGGAUUCUGGUACCCCAACAUUAAGCAGUAAUGCUACUAUAAAGUUAUAUAUUACAGAUCAAAACGAUAACACCCCUACUCUGCUACACCCCUCCCCAAAUGACAGUUCCUUUUCAGCAGAGCUUGUCCCUAGGAAUGCAGAAGCUGGAUAUGUUGUUAGCAAAGUCAUUGCUGUUGAUGCAGACUCUGGACAAAACGCCUGGCUCUCCUUUCACCUUCUGAAGACUUCAGAUCCAAGUCUUUUUUCAGUGGGAGUUCACACAGGAGAAAUAACAACAGUUCGGGGAAUUACAGAAAAAGACAAUAACCGGCAUACAUUGAUAGUAAUUGUCAAAGACAAUGGGCAGCCCUCGCUUUCUGCAACUGCAACAGUUAAAGUAGUGAUAGCAGAAAACUUGUCUGGGAACCAUUUAGAAAUUGUGGAGGAGGAAAAAGCAGAUGAAUAUGACUCAUAUUUAACCCUUUAUUUAAUAAUUUCGUUAGCUGUUGUGACUGUUUUGUUCCUGGUGUCAGUAAUAAUAUUGCUGAUGUUCAAGGCCUGUAGAAUCAAGAAAUCAAGUCACCCAAAUGUCCUGGAUCAGAAUUUGCGUAGCUCAAACAUUGUAAGUUUCAGAACAAGUUAUAUGGAUUCACUUGCUAGAGGAAACAUUCAUCAAGGAUACUUGCAGGAAGUCCACUCCCAGGAUCCAGCUAAGACAAACUGUUGUACCCAAAAGGAACAAGUGGGACCUCAUUCCCUGCUGAUUGAUUUAAAUAAUAAGAAUGAGGUAGGAAAGACCUGAGUGGUGUUUACUUAUUAGUAU